AUGAACAAGAUGGCAGCUCGUCGAAAAAUUCGUCUUCAAAAAACAGAAGCUCGUGGUCGGAUGUUCGUCACCACUGUUUCAUUUCCCGUGAUUGUCAAUCGAACAUUUAUGGGAGUCGCUGCCGUUAACACUCCACUCACUGAGCUUAAUCAGCAAGCGCAUCCUAGCAAUAUCGGCGGGCGCAGCUACUUCUUCAUGCUCGAUCAGAAUGGCUUCAUUAUGUUCCAUCCACAACUUCGACCAAUCGAUCCCACCACGAAGUCACACAAGCAGAACUACAACAAUAUGGAUCUACUGGAGCUCGAAGUGCCGCAGUCACAACAGAUUCGACUGUCACAAGACAAGGAGGAUGUGUCGGACCUCUUCUGCGACCAGGGCACGACAUUUGCCGAAUGCGUCGAGCAGAUCCGAAACUUUGU